UAUAAAUCCCUCAUAAUUUUAAGUCUGUGCCACCCCGACGCCCCGUCACUCGUCAAACCCAAUUUAGAUCGGUAACGGACUCACCCAAGUGAGACGCCCGGUUUACGUUGGUUAGGCGCGAAACCCGUAACUAGGGUACUGACUCGCCCCGGGUUAGUCUUAACUAAGUCUUGGUCAUAAGGAUGAGAGACUUAGGGCACUGCGGUAGGAUCAAUAAAUAAAAUCAGAUCAUCCAACCAGAGUUGUAAAUUGUUACAAUUGGAAUUUAUUCCUACCAGAAAUAAUUUAACUGUAGGGCAAGAUGCAAAGCACAACUAUAAAAGAAUGUUUUCUAUGCUAAUGCCAACAUGACCAAUGGGUUAUAUGUCCUUGACUUGGACAUGCCUGUCUAUAACAUAUCAGCCAAGAGGAACAAACCGAACGGUUUGAACCAAACAUACCUAUGGCAUUGUAGGUUAGGCCAUAUAAACGAGAAACGCAUAUCCAAGCUACAUCGGUCGGGAAUGCUGGAGUCAUUUGAUCUUGAAUCAUAUGACACAUGCGAAUCUUGUUUAUUGGAAUCAUUCUGGGGGUAUGCGCUGAGCACUGCAAUAUAUACUCUUAACCGAGUUCCAACCAAGGCGGUUGAAGGAACACCAUACCAGCUAUGGACGGGCAAAUGCCCGGUUCUGUCACACUUAAAGAUUUGGGGCUGUGAGGCUUAUGUCAAACGUCUUUUGACGAAUGGCAAGCUUGACGCCAAGUCUGAUAAGUGUUUCUUCGUGGGAUACCCAAAGGAAACUCGAGGGUAUUCAUUCUAUCACCCUAUCGAUAAGAAGGUAUUCGUUGCUCGCAAUGGUCUCUUCCUCGAGAAGGAAUUUCUCUCCAUCGCAACUAGCGGGAGAAAGAUAGAGCUCGAAGAAAUUCGAGACGACGAAGAAACUACCGCGCCGGUUCUGGAACAUGAGCUAGAGGAACAAACUGUUGUACCUCAAAAUGAUCAAGAUACACAAGAACCCCGUAGGUCUAACCGGUUACGCACACAACCUGAAAGGUAUGGAUUCCUCCUAACCUUUGAGGGUGACGUAAUGCUUAUCGACCAGGAUGAGCCGGAGACCUACCUCGAGGCAAUCAGUUGUCCCGAGGCUGAGGAAUGGCGUCAAGCCAUGCAGUCCGAAAUGGAUUCCAUGUACACCAAC